CUGCAGUCUCCAAGUCCCCACCACCCACCACCAUUCCGCAGCCAUGGCGGCCAUGAUGCCCAGCUCGUCGACUUCUUCGCAUAAUCCAUACGAUUCAUAUGACACCGAUGCCGUGGAGCGAGAUCUCAUCGACCCCGAUGAUGCCACGUUAGAUGACCUCGAUGAUCCGCUGCAAUCUACAUCCGACCGUGCUCCUCUUACCGGAAACAUCCAGUCGCGCGGCAACGCCAAUGCGCAAUCCUACCUAACUUCCUCCAUCGGCGGAGAGGACCGUCGUGCGCCCACAAACACCAUAGACGAGACAGUAUGGGAGACGCUAUCGAGAGACCUGCUGGCCAUCUGGGAGAAGAUGAAGCAGGUGCUCUACCCGAAAUAUUUGCUGGGUGGCAUGAUGAACAGAGGUGGAGGGAUCGCAGCGGCCGAGCGAGGCGAGGCAGAGGGCUUCGGCGUGGACGGCAUUAGGGGGCUGGUCGGGCGAUGGCCGGAUGCCGAUGUUAUUCUGCAGUCGGGCAUGAGUGACGGGUUGCGGGAUUGGGAUCUAUGGGGCCCACUCGUAUUCUGCCUCCUUCUCAGCUUCUUUCUGUCGAGAGGAGCAAAAGAUAAGCAGAAGCCACAAGUCUUCUCCGGCGUUUUUGCGCUGGUCUGGAUAGGAGAGGCUGUGGUUACGAUGCAGAUCAAGCUUCUCGGAGGGAACAUAUCCUUCUUCCAGUCUGUCUCCAUCAUCGGCUAUACCCUGUUUCCCCUCGUCAUCGCGUCGCUGCUCAGUGCCGUGGGUCUACCUUCCAUUGCGAGAAUACCCGUGUAUCUGGUCCUCGUGGCGUGGUCACUAGGAGCGGGCAUAAGUAUACUGGGCGGAUCUGGUGUGGUCAGGAACCGUGUUGGUCUUGCUGUAUACCCGCUGCUUGUUUUCUACUUUGCGCUGGGAUGCCUAUGCUUCAUCAGCUAGGCGUCUUUUUUCUGCCUGUACUACUAGAUUCUUUAUCAUCGCAGGGCUCCGUGGGAUACCCAUUACUUAAGAGCGUGUAUUCAUAGCAAGCGUUUGGGGGCCUUUCUGGCGGUCAGGCUGUAGAAUAUAUGGCUUGACGCUUGGCGCAAUUCACAGAUGAACCAAUUGGCAAUUUCGCUUUCAAAUAUGACAGACGAUGCUGAAACCACAGAGGGAGACACACGUGGUCGGCACUGCUCAAAACACCA